CAGAAAUGACGUUUUCGUAGAACCUUAACUGGUAUUAGCACUUUCGACGUAGCGAACAAGGAAUAUAUUUAUAAGCUUUGGCAACAUUGUUUUGUAACAUUAUGCGGAUGUUUAAUUCAGUGUGUUUCUUUGUGUAAAUGCCUUUAUUUUUGAAGUAACGAUAUAUAUUUUUGUUUUUAAUUGAACCGUUGACGAAAGUCUGUUUUCAAAAUGUUGCCAUCUCCGGUGUGACCGGUGUAGUGCCCACCAAUGUGGACUUGUCAGUGGUCAUGUAACGACAGUGAUAACAUUACAAGGAUUUCCCGUUGUCUGUAUUGUCUAUUAGAUCAGGCAUUGAUCUGGCGCAAGCUCUUUCUAGCACUUGAAUUUCAGCUACGCAUUAAACAUAACUAACGUGUGCAAAAUGUGCAGUUAGAAACGUCAUUUGGAAAUGCAAGUAUGCUAUAGUCUAGAUUGUCCUUGUGAAAAUGUACUGAUGUAUGUAUUAAGUCGACAGGCUGUAACACUUAUAUGUUAAAACACAAUGUUGUCGUGCAACAGACUGGCGAAUGUUACAAAACAUAUACGGAUUAGUGCGUUAACCCGGUAUGUUACGACCUGGUCUGCUGUCGGAGCAGCAUUUAACGCCAGACAGCACAAAAGAUUCGACCUGUCUGAACAAAAUGUGGGCUUGUUUGGGGUGCCGGAGCUCUGCACGAAGGCAGGCUUUGCAGUUGUCGAAAAUCGAGCUCUAAAGGAGACCGAACAGCUGGUGAACCGAGUGUGUCGCAGCCCUCCCGGGGCAAUCACCGUCGAGACAUUCGACCAACUCUCUGACAGUUUGUGCAAAGUGGCUGAUUUGGCUGACUUUGUCAAAGUGGCUCACCCUGAUCCAGCAUUCCGAGAAGCGGCCGAGAGGACGUGUGUAAACAUCGGCACAGUGGUAGAAAAGCUAAACACUAAUGUUGACCUGUGUAAGAGUCUAAAGGAUUUGUUGGAUGACGAAGAGGUUCUAGCCACCUUGGACCCAGAAACAAGGAGGGUGGCAGAGCUCUUUAUGUUUGAUUUCGAAAUUAGCGGAAUACAUCUGGAUGAAAAAAAGAGAAGGAAGGCCGUGAACCUCAACGUCGAUCUCCUGGACCUCAGCAAUGAGUUCCUGUUGGGUUCCCACCAGCCAAACAAAAUAGAGAAGCAUAUUCUGCCAGAACACAUUCGCCACUGCUUCUCGAUAGACGGCAACUGCAUACAGAUUGGAGGUCUGCAUGCCGAUUCGCCCAAUGAUUUGGUGCGAGAAGCUGCUUAUAAAGUUUUUCUUUAUCCCAUUCCAAAACUAUUACAUUGCUUGGAAGAGCUUUUGGCUUGCCGGAACGAGCUAGCCAAACUGGUGGGGUACGACUCGUUUGCCCAUCGAGCUCUGAAAGGAACAAUGGCUAAAACCCCAGAAACUGUGAUGAAAUUCCUAACGUUGCUGACAGAAAAACUUUCAGACAGAACAGCCAAUGACUUUCAGAUGAUGAGGAACACGAAGAGCAGAGUGAAUCCACAGAAUGCGGAGCUGAUGCCCUGGGACCAUCCGUACUUCAGCAGCGUGAUACGCACGGAGCGGUACAACAUCGACCCCAGCCUGUACAGCCCGUACUUCUCCCUGGGGGCCUGCAUGGAGGGUCUGAACGGCCUCUUCAGCCAGCUGCUGGGCGUCUCCUUCCAGACGGAGCAGACCCAGGCGGGGGAGGUGUGGAGCGAGGACGUCCGUAAGCUGGCGGUGGUUCAUGAAAAAGAGGGACUUCUGGGAUACAUCUACUGCGACUUCUUCCACAGGCCCGGUAAACCACACCAGGACUGCCACUUCACCAUCCGCGGGGGUCGGCUGAAGGAGGACGGGGAGUACCAGCUCCCCGUGGUGGUGCUCAUGCUCAGCCUGCCCCACCCCUCCAAAAGCACCCCCGCCCUGCUCACCCCGGCCAUGAUGGAGAACCUCUUCCACGAGAUGGGGCACGCCAUGCACUCCAUGCUGGGGCGGACCCGCUACCAGCACGUCACAGGAACUCGGUGCUCCACGGACUUCGCCGAAGUGCCGUCGAUACUGAUGGAGUACUUCGCCACGGACUACCGGGUGGUGAAGCAGUUCGCGCGCCAUUACCAUACGGGCCAGCCCCUGCCCGAAAGCAUGGUGUCCUGUCUGAGCGAAUCCAAGAGGGUCUGCGGAGCGGCAGAUACCCAGCUUCAGGUUUUCUAUGCUGCACUGGAUCAGGUGUACCACGGGAAGCCCCAAAAUCAAUCAUCAACUAAAAUUCUUCAGGAGAUUCAGGAGAAAUUCUACGGGUUACCCUACGUGCCGAACACGGCCUGGCAGCUGAGGUUCAGCCACCUCAUUGGGUACGGCGCCAAGUACUACUCCUACCUCAUGUCCCGGGCGGUGGCCUCCAUGCUGUGGAGGCAGUGCUUCCUCGAGGACCCCUUUGACAGGGACAUGGGAGAGCGCUACCGCAGGGAGAUGCUGGCUCACGGCGGCGCCAAGGAACCGAUGCUCAUGGUCAAAGGCAUGCUGCAGAGGUCUCCCUCCAUCGAGGACUUCGUUGACGCCCUGGUGUCGGACCUGAACCCCUCCCCUCAACAUUUAUAGGGGUCUCGUAGCGACUCAGCGGAUCAACUACUAUUCGGGGACGGGUUUGUUUUUGUGUUUUUUUUUUGUUUUGUUUUUUUCUACGUCUAGCUGGAUCACGGUUUCUUCUCCAUUCCUCCUCCAUUCUCGCCGCUGUUGGACUGCACCACACGACUACUGAUUCUGUGGAAACCAUUAGACCACAAAACAAGCGAUUGUAUCGUACACCAAAACAUUAUAUACAUACAUUCGACGGGUUAUUCCUUAUUUACAUUUAAUAAUGUGUCUUGUGCUGCUGUUUUUCCUCCACAAAAGGGAUAUUGUACUGUAGUGUGUUUGUUCCUUGUGACAGACUGGAUAUCAGUAAAGAAAAUUUUACCUGUG